AUGUUUGUCAGAGUUGACAUCAGUGACCAAAAUCGGAAGUUACAAGCAGCCAAAGACAGAGGAUAUGCAGCCAAGUACUAUGGUAAUACUUUUAAUCUCUGGCAUAGAAAAUCUGAAAAGUUCAAUGAAUUGAGCUUCGUUGAGCUAUGUUAUGGUUCCUUCUUUGCAUCUCGGUUGAAGCAUGAUUUUCAGUUUGUUCCUGAAUCUCUCAAUGUCUGUUACAAACUACUAUGCGAAGAUAUAUUUCUAAAGACAUUUGAUAAAAGUUUUAUAAGACUUUUUGAACAAUUAAAAGAGUAUCAGAACAAAGUUCAUAUAAAAAAUCCUGCAAUACAUAUAUACUCUAUAGUUAUUGUAGCCUUUAUAAAACAGGUACUUUUGAAGAAUAUAAGGUCAACUGGGUUUAAAUGA